UUGCGCGAGCGCACACUGUGUCCGGCUUCCCGCUAUUGUUUAGGAUCCGCUUCGCGGCGCCUCAGCGAGCCGCGCACUCUUCACCGCUCCGCGCGCAGUAAAGGAGGAAAAAUGGCUUUAUCCGGAGUUUCUCUCACUGGGACGCGGUCAGUUAUUCAGGGUUUGGCGCUGUGAAGCUCAACUGCUGCGCUGUCGGUGAGAGAAAGAGGCGCUAGGCGGCUAACAUUCGGCUAGCGGCUAAAUUAGCAGAGUUAGCUUAGCCGUAGAAGAUGCGAGGUGAUUUUUAGCCACACUGACACACUUAGCAGAGGAGCUGUGCGGACCGAACCGGACCGGGCCGGUGGGUUAUUCGGAGAGGAGGCAUUUCCGGGUCCUCAGAUGAACCGGGCUAGCCGGCUUUGAAAAAUCGAGCUAUUUUGGCCCCCGCGCGAGCGUUUCAACACCAAACCGGUGUGAGGAAUGGCCACCGCUUCCGGUUUCUCUUCUGGCGUGAGCGGCUCGCGGAGCGGCCCGUCUCUGGCCGCGUCCUCAUCCGGAGCCGGGGGACAGGCGCAGGGCAUGGCGGCGGUGUGGGAAUGGCAGGAUGAUGCGGGUUCGUGGCGGCCCUACAGCGGCCAGGUGAGCUGCUUUAUCGAGCAGUGUCUCCAGCACCACCGGAGCGCAGGCCCGGCUGUCACCACCAUCUCCCUGGGGCAGAGCGACCCGAGUCUGGCCGCCUACAUCAUCGACAUCCCGAGCCUCAGACAGUUCCGACAGGACACCGGUAAGAUCCGCUCGGUGCGGCGCAGCCUGUUUCCUCAGUCGUCUGCCCUGGGCAAUGGGGUGCUCUGGGAAUGGGCCAAUGAUGAAGGCAGCUGGACGGCGUACGAAAUGCACACCUCUGAUUUGCUGGAGCUCAGUUACCUAGCACGCAAGGCCUCGGCUGACUUGGGACCGCAUGGCCAUAAUUACGUGGUGGACUUCACAUCGCUCGAGCAGAUCAACAAGAGCUCUGGGUAUCGGCGGCUCGUGCGCAGGCAGUCUGGCACACCAUACCCACCUGCGGGAGCCUCGGGCACGGGCUCGGUCAUCCACUCGGGCCCGGCGUGCACGUGCCAGCAGUGUUUGAGCCACGGACCCAUGCCUGGCCGCUCACGCCACUCUUUCUCAGCUGCAGCUGGACCAUCCUCGGCAUACUCGCCGUAUCCCAGAAGGCCACUGUCUGUCGGGAACAUGGCUUGGGGAGGACCCUGGAGCCCAGCAGCUACGUCUAUGGCUCAGCCUCCAGGGCCGGUACAGUCCUUUCCAACGACUCCCAAUGGCUUGAGCAUUCCAUCUAUUCCCUUACAGCUGAACGGCUCCAGCAGCGUGAGUGCAGCCCUGGCAGGCAUGGCUUCCAUUUUGAUGUCAGCAACAGGACUGGGAGUUCGCUUCAUGACCAGCCCCUCCGGCAGGCCCAACCAAGCCCAAGCCAGCUCCGUUAAGAGGGCAAAGAAACAGCACAGGACAGCUGCCCAGAAACCCGAAGAGGUCAUUAAGAAAUACAUGGAGGAAAUGCGUGUCAUCCCUGAUGAGGACUGCAUGAUUUGCAUGGAGCGCUUGUCAUGUCCCUCUGGCUACGACAGCCCUGAAGGAGGCAGCCAGGCCCUGCAGCCCAGCACAGUGGGCAAGUUCACCAAGUGUGGACACACCUUGCACAUGCUCUGCAUGCUGGCGAUGUACAACAAUGGCAACAAGGACGGCAGCCUGCAGUGUCCCUCUUGCAAGACAAUCUAUGGCGAAAAGACCGGCACUCAACCAAAGGGCAAGAUGGAAAUCUACAGCAUCCCUCAAUCCCUUCCUGGCCACCCAGACUGUGGCACUAUACAGAUAAUCUACAACAUCCCACCUGGAAUACAGGGUCCCGAGCACCCAAAUCCCGGCCAGUCUUACACCUGUCGAGGUUUCCCGCGCUUCUGCUUCCUGCCUGACAACGACAAGGGCAGAAAGGUGCUGGAGCUGCUGAAGGUGGCAUGGACGCGGCGGUUGAUCUUCACAGUCGGCACGUCCAACACGACAGGCGAGCCUGAUACGGUGGUGUGGAACGAGAUCCACCACAAGACUGAGAUGAUGUCGAAUGUAUCGGGCCACGGCUACCCAGACCCCAAUUAUCUGGACAACGUUCUGGCCGAGCUGGCAGCGCAGGGCGUAACCGAGGACUGCCUGAAAAGAGACACGCCUCGGCCACGUGAGCCUGAGUAGCUUGCAAAAUCUACGCAAUCACUAAUCGGGCUUGACGGAGGACAAAGAGACACUGUGUAAGAUCAGAGUAAGAUUUUGAGCAUGUAGAAAUGCUUGGAUUAAUGACGUAUUAUUGUAAGAUGCCAUCACUAGGGGGACCCUUUAUCGCGUCUUUUGCGAAAAUCUGCUAGCUAGGAUUUAUGAACGGAUUCUCUGUAACAGCUAGUUUAAAAAAAACAAAAACAAAAAGAGGGCUGUACAGGUCCAACAUACAAAAACAGCCUUCCGUCAUCGAUUGGUAAUCCAGACAUUCAGAACCUUAAUGGAAUCUGACUCGGUACAUUCUUUAAGAAUGAGAAAAUAAGAUUUACAGGCUGUUUUUGUGAAUGUAUAUAAAGACAUAAAGGUUAUGGGCUCAACGGAUGUUUUCUUCCCCUCAAGCCGGUAUUUUUCAACAAUCCAGUAUCUCCAUUUCUGAACAGCUGUGCCACUUUUAUCAUACUGUACGAGAGGCAGCUAUGAUUUGGGUUCGAACAUGCAAUUUUCCGUAGCACUUUAGCUUUUGCGGUGCUGUGAAUCGUAAAGGGAUUUCUAAAGCCAAGUGUAGCUUUAAAAAAAAAAUAAUAAUAAUAAAGCUUCUUUCCUGGCAUGGCAUGCAUUACAGUACACACUUUAUAGUAGAUUCUGACAAUUCUUCCAACUUCUCUAUAACGGAUCUCUUCAUAUAAACCACCAGGGCAAGGAUUGACAAAAAAAAAAAAAGUGUUAAAAAUACAGCGCUGUGGCAUUGCUUGGAGUUGUAUUUAAAAAAUGAUCCUAUGUAAUUAUUAAAAAACAAUGCAAAUA